AUGGCAGGAGCUAGCAUAAAUGGAAGUAAAACUACGCCCUUCCGGUUCACAUGGAGAAUUGGCUGGUUUUCUCAGAUGACUGCGAAAAAGCUCUAUUCAGAUGUAUUUGAAGUUGGGGGUUAUAAAUGGCGUGUGCUAAUUUUCCCGAAAGGGAACAACGUGAACUGUUUGUCCAUAUAUUUGCAUGCUGCAGAUUCAUCUAGUUUGCCCGAAGGUUGGACUAGAUUUGCACGGUUUAGCCUGGCAGUAGAAAGUCAAACCCAUACUAUGUUCUCUUGGAGAAAAGUCACGAAGCAGCAAUUCACCAAACAUCAGAGGGAUUGGGGUUUCACGUCCUUCAUGCCUUUCGAUGAGGUUUAUGAUCCCUCAAGAGGGUAUCUUGUGAAUGAUACUCUUGUGGUUGAAGUAUUAGUAAUAUGCGAUGCUUAUGAAAAUGACACUGCUGAGCAUUUAAGGAAUUUGACGGAUGGGUUUGUGCAGAAGAGGUCGAAGAAAGAACAGGAAGACCUCUGCACUAUUAUCAAAAAAUCUUCACAGAAUUUUUCCGCUGAGUUUGUGCAGGAAAGUUUGGAAAAAGAACAGGAAGACCUCUGCACUAUUACCGAAAAAUCUGCACAGAAUUUGUCCGAUGGGUUUGUGCAAGAGAGGUUGAAGAAAUUACAGGAAGACCUCUGCACUAUUAUUGAAAAUUCUCCACAGAAUUUGUCAGAAGGGUUUGUGCAAGAGAGGUUGAAGAAAGAACAACAAGAGCUGUGCACAAUUAUUAAAAAAUCUGCACAGAAUUUGUCCGAUGAGUUUGUGCAAGAGUGUUUGAAGGAAGAACAGGAAGACCUGUGCACUAUUAUGAAGGUGGUACAAGAUGAAGACCUUGCAGAAGAGAUUGGAAAUGAUAUAUAUUUUGUAGACCCUGACAGAGUGAAGAGUUUCCGUGUUCCAAAUGACACAUCAUUUAACCUUUUCAAGGAAGAGGUUGCUAAAGAGCUUGGCAUACCAGUUCAAUUCCAGCGCUUUUGGCUAUGGGAAAAGAGUAAAAGCCAUGCAUAUCGUUCACUUCGGCCAUUGACUCAAAUUGAGGAAGCUGGACCGGUUGGACAAUUGAGAGAACUAAAAGAGGUUAAAGAAGCAGAAUUAAAAUUGUUUUUGGAGGUGGAGCGUGGGCUGGAUUUACGCCCCAUUGCACCACUCAAGAAGGGAGACGAUGAUUUAUUACUUUUUUUCAAGUUAUAUGAUCCUGAAAAAGAGGAGCUACGAUAUGUUGGAAGGCUUUUUGUGAACCCAUCUGUUAAGCUAUCAGAAAUCUUAACAAGGUUAAAUAAAUUGGCUGGUUAUGAUCCGGAUGAAGAGAUUGAACUUUAUGAGGAAAUUCAGUGGAAGCCUGUAGACAAGAAUCUUACAUUUCUAGAAAACCGGUUAGAAAAUGGUGAUAUCAUAUGCUUUCAGAAAGCUUCUGCAAUGAAUAAGGGGAAACAUAUCCGUUAUCCUGACGUGCUUUCAUAUUUGGAAUAUGUGUACCGUCUUCAGUUGUCUUUUGUUCCCUCGGCCGAAGAAUCUGAAUAUGAAAAAUGGUUGGAGAAGCAAAACAAGAACAUUAUAGCUGAAGAAAUGAAUGCUAUGAUAGAUGAGAAUGUCAUUGCUGCAAUUGACAGAGUUUUAUCAGAAGGGAUUACCAUUUCAGUACAAUCUCAGCAUUCUGUCCGAGGACAAGAAGUCUCACUCUCACUCCCUGAGCAACUUCUUCAGGAAUUGAGUGAUAGUGUGUUUAAACAAGAUUUGGUUGAAAAAUUUAAAAAAGGUCUCACUCCUGAAAUUGACUUCAACUUAAUCAUGGAUAAAAUUGACGCCUAUGCCGACCUCUUUUCCUCUCACCAAUUAGAACAACUCGGUGGUGUUAAAAACCUUCUCAACAACCUUGUGAGGAUAUUUGAAAAGAUGGAAUAUUUAAAAAUAAAGCAAGACUCGGCUAAGAAAAGCACGGACAAACACAAUGAAGCAUUGAAGAAGACAAGAGAGAAAAUAAUGACCUCACAAACUUCUUUCACAAACCAUCAGACACAACUCAACUCUCUUGAUGGUGAGAUUGCUGAUCUUAAAGCCAAACUUGAAAAACUACAAGUAGACAGGGAUAAUAUUGCUGAGAUUCAAGAUCAAGAGAAAGAUAAGAUCACAUCUUUGAAUAAAGAAGUUAAAUCCAUCUUCCAUCUCCUUGUAGACGAUCACAUCAAGGUUAAAAAUGUUGAAGAUAAGAUUCCGGAGGCUCAAGCCGAUUUGGAAAAUUAUGAGAAGCUCUAUCAAUACAUGAAGGCAGCACCUCCAUUUUGA